AUGGGCCCUCAAGUCAUCCACCUGCCAGACGGGCAGCGCUUCACUGUGACGCCCGUAUUUGCCGGCCUCUUCUUCAAGUCGAACGAACUGAGUACGCACCACAAUGCCUUUCCCAUCGGCUGGACUAUCGUUAUCCACACCGAAGACGACGACAACGACGACGACGAGGAAGGGAAGACCAACUCGACCUCGGGCCCGUCCGAGAGGAAACCACAUGUUCACUGCUUCAAGAAGCCGACGUUGCACAACGACAGCCUCUUCAUCUCGUCCAUCUCGAGCCCCUCCAGCUCCGACUUUAAGCCCGCGGCGAGCCCUACCCGUCAGAUCGCCAUGAUGCUCUGGGUCACGCUCUACUGGUACUUUCACCAGCCGCCGCCGCCAACUACCCUGACGACCGAAGCUUCCAAGCUGACUCCCAAACCCGGCAAACCCAGGGGCGAUUGGAGAGUGCGGGUGAAGCGGGACGGCGUGCUGCGUGGGCGAAACUUAAUACCAAAGCUGGAGCGCAUGGGGCUGAUCGCGAGCUUCAACUCGGCUGUCGGCACAGCGUUGGAGGACAGCGACGACGUCUGGGCCAACAUGUUCGUCUCGCAGCGAAUGUUCUGGCAAAUACCAGGCCGCCUGUUCCUCUUCACCCUCCAGCCCGCCGGGAACACAAUGGCCCGCUCAUACCCCGGUUCGCCGACGCCGAGCAGGCCAGGCUCGCCAGUCGCCGCCGCCGCCGCCGAGGCAGCCGACCUCCCCGGGGCGGCGCCGCCGGCCUCGCUCACCAGCGUGCCCUCGUUCCCCAUCGGGCCCUUCUUCAGCGCCUCCCACCUCCCGACCUACUACCCGCCGCCGCCGCUGCAAUACACUAUCACCAACCACGUACGCCACCCGUUCCGCCCGAAACCGCCGCGCAUGGGCGAGGUGUUCUACACGCGCUUCGUCCCAUCGGUGGGGCAGUACCUCUCGUUCCGCGUCGCCUCGAUCUCACCCAAGCCCGUGCCCUACAUGGGGCCCGUGGCCUGGCCCAACAACAACAACAACAACAACAACAAGAAGAAGAAGCCGCCGUCCUCGUCCUCGUCGUCACAGCACCUUCUCUCCCUGCCCGACUCGGCGCUGCUCGAGACGUGGCACGCCAACCCGCGUGUGGCUCACUUCUGGGGCGAGUACGCGCCCGGCAUGCUGGCCAACGCGCUGCAGAGCCGCCACAGUUUUCCGGCCAUUGGGUUAUGGGACGGCGUGCCGUUCGGCUACUUUGAGCUGUACUGGGUCAAGGAGGAUGUGUUGGGGCGGUAUGCCGGCGCGGGCAUCGAGGACUGGGACCGCGGGUGCCAUGUGCUGAUUGGCGAGGAGUGGGCGCGCGGGAGGGUGCAGAGCUGGCUGAGCAGCUUGGUGCACUGGAUGUUUUGUGCUGAUAACAGGACUAUGAGCAUCUGUCUGGAGCCGAGGGUGGAUAAUGUCAGAUUCAUCCAGCAUCUUGAGGAGGCCGGGUUCACGAAGGAAAAGGAGAUUACGUUUCCCCAUAAGCAGGCGUGGUUUGGGAGGCUGAGGAGAGAGACCUGGGAGGGGCCUGCCUUGUGA